UUCUGUCAAAAACUAAUGUGCUGCGCACUCCCGUUUAGCGCUUGGUCUGGCUGUGCUCUUUCGUCGUCGGAUUCGGGUGGCAUUUUCAGUCUUCGUAGUGCCGUUAUUUAGGAUAGUCACGUGUCCUGGCCGGAGUUCAGUUCUAAAAAGAGCAAAAAGUUCCACAACCAGUUCAACAGACAGACGCAUAAAAAUUCAUAUCAAAAAACGGACUGGUUGAUUCACCCACGCACAGUCUAAUCGAUCCCCAGAGGAGGUUUGUGAUAAAAACGAUUUCAAAAGGAAGUUUCUUCCCUUGCUGUGCACGAAACGGAUAGAAAAAUUCAAUUAAGGAAUCCGUCAGUAAGCGAACGACGAACCGAAACGCGACACCAGAAAAGUGGCAAGUGAAAAGCGGAAUCGAAUUGAAUUGUGGAAAUCUAAAGUGGUCUCGAUUCAAUUCUGUGUCCAGUGUCCCGUCUUGUGUCAGUCAGUAUCUAUAGAGUGGCAGCAUAGUUAUCAGAUUUAUCCUGUGAAUUGAGUUUUCAGAACUGAAAUACCCUUUCCAUCAGUGAUUUGAAGUGACUGUGCGAAUAGUGAGGAACAUCAACUGAGUACUGUUCUAGCAGAACCAUCAGGUGCACAGUAACAACUUGCAGCUGAUCUAGCCAUGUCGGCCUGGAACUAUCAUCCGACACUGUCGGAGGAGGAGCGUGAUGAAUACAAUGACGGAUCCGUCAAGCUACGAAAUCCCAACAUCGAACUGAUGGACCAGGACAUUCUGUACCAUUUGGCCUUAGGAAGCGAGAGUCAUGAUCUGCGGGAAAUGUUCGGCGAUGUUAAAUUCGUCUGCAUGGGAGGCACCCCGAAGCGGAUGGAGAACUUUGCACACUUCAUCAUGGACGAGAUAGGUUACAAACUGCCCGCCGGAACGCAGCUGCAGGAUAUCAGCGCGUUCUCCUAUCGCUAUUCCAUGUACAAGGUCGGUCCCGUACUGUCGAUCAGCCACGGAAUGGGUGUGCCUUCGCUAGGAAUCCUGCUGCACGAAAUGAUCAAACUGAUGUACCACGCAAAGUGCAUAAAUCCGAUCUUCAUCCGGAUCGGAACGUGCGGUGGAGUGGGCGUCGAGGGAGGCACCGUCGUUAUCACCGAGGAUGCCGUCGAUGGGCUGCUCAGGAGUACUCACGAGUUGGCAAUUUUGGGUAAAAUCGUUCACCGUCCAGCCAUUCUAGAUAAGCGGUUAGUGCGAGAGCUGAAAUCACUUGCCUCACCGGACGAUCCGUACGAUACAAUCACCGGUAAAACCAUGUGUACCUCGGACUUUUAUGAAGGUCAAGGCCGCCUGGACGGAGCCUUCUGCGAGUUUUCCGAACAGGACAAAAUGGACUACCUGGAGAAGCUGCGGGACUUUGGUGUGGUAAACAUCGAAAUGGAAUGUACCAUCUUUGCAGCGCUGACCCAUCACGCCGGCAUUAAGGCGGCCAUUGUGUGCGUUACGCUGCUGGAUCGGCUUAAGGGAGAUCAGGUUAUGUCCCCGAAGGAGGUUAUGAACGAGUGGCAGCAGCGCCCACAGAUUCUUGUGUCGCGGUUGAUUCGAAAACAUUUGGCCCAGGCAGGGCAUCUGAAGAGUUUGGCGGCGAUUCCGAGUUCUAUUAAGUCUCCCCGGCGGUUCAAGCUUGUUCAGCAGGAAUCGGAAGCGCAUGAGUAAGAGGGGGUACUUAUGGAAGCGCGGUUGGCUGAGGGGUGCGUGAGAGGUAUGAUGACAAGAUUGUGUUGUAAAAUUUGAAGUUGGGCUCUCUCUGUCUUGCACCGUACGUGGUAGUUUUGGUUUAGGGAGGGUGGGAAAGUAGAAUUAAAAACAGUUACCCUAGUGAAAGUACAUUCCAUUAAAAUAAUUAGCUAGUUGCAAUGUGAACCUUAUUUGCAUA